AGACUUGCGCAAAACAUCACUUCCCAAUGUAAUGUGAUAUGACAUCACUUUUACAGAUAGGUGAUAUUACUCGAAAACAUUACACAUCACUCAUAACAUUACUCGGUGCGUUCAAAGUGAUGUGUAUAAACACAUCACUUAGGUAAUGAUUCGGGUGUAUAGAUACAAUGUAUUCGUCGUCACAGUAUCUAUUGAACGCACCGAGUAAUGUUAAGAGUGAUGUGUAAUGUUUUCAUCAAUCAUUACCUAAGUGAUGUGUAUAAACACAUCACUUAGGUAAUGAUUCGGGUGUGUCAUUACAGUAGUGUAUUACAAUACAAAGUAUGAACUUUGUAUUGUAAUACACUGUUAUAUUACUUGACAGAUUGACUUACUUAAUAAUAUAAUAAUUUUAUUUUUUACUUAAUAUAAUUUAUUGUGGGAUGAACGGAUUUCAUAUGGCGACUUAGACUGCAAAUUGAGCUCGACAAUAAUGUUAAUAUACGAGAGCAGUAGAUGCAUUGUUUCGGCGCGAUAUCCUCAAAGUGCAUCCAAGGAGGACUGUACUUUCAUUUAGACGCCGUUAUUUCUUUCACUUAUUAAACACGCAUUAAAACAAAUAAUAAAACUAUCUUCAAACAAGUGCUUAAGUAAUUCAAAUCAAACACAAAAAUUAAUAUAAAAUAUUACUAAACAAUUACGAGCGACUAGCGAUUUUACAAAAGUUGCGAAUAAAAAAUUAAGUAAGUACUUGCGGGGAGCUACCGGCUGGCCGCAUGAAAAAUAUAAACACAAAUACCUAUAUUAAAAUUCAGACGUACCAUAGGUAUAAAAAUGUACCUAGCGGCCAGGACAUACGGUUCAAAAUCACUAGGAAUAAUUCCGUGUCGCUUGCUCAUUUAUUUUGCGUCGAUCGGUCUGUCUCGCUCGCUCGGUUCCGUUCAUGUAUUAAGCAACAUUACACGACAAAGAAAGAAACAUGUUGGGUGAUAGUGUGAUGUUUGUUUCCUUCGCGUAAUGUGUGAUGUUGCAUUACAUCGUAGAGUAAUAUUACCCGAGUAAUAUCACUCGCAUUACUUACACAUGUCUAAUGCGUAGAUAUGUAAUGAAAUUGUAAUAAAAACAUGAUAACUUCCACUGUAAGUCUGGCCAUGCACCUAAUAUAUUCGUCGUUUCAAGGUGUUCGAGUUAUCAGUCAAGUAUUAGAAUACGUCUUACCUUAUACUGGUGUACCAUUUCGAAAUAUGUCUGCAAUUAAGGACAGCAGAAAUAUCAACUUUAACACAAAGCAUUUAAGGAAAGGUGAUCCUUUACCGCCUUUCAAUGGAAAAUUGCGAGUGUACAACAUGAGGUAUUGCCCCUACGCUCAGCGAACCAUUCUAGCUCUUAACGCGAAACAAAUUGACUAUGAGGUUGUAAAUAUUGAUCUGAUCGACAAACCUGAGUGGCUGACAACUAAAAGUGCCUUCGCAAAAGUUCCAGCGAUAGAAAUAGCAGAAGAUGUGACCAUUUACGAAAGCUUAGUGACAGUUGAAUAUUUAGAUGAGGUCUAUCCGAAAAGGCCUUUACUGCCGCAAGAUCCUUUGAAGAAAGCAUUGGACAAAAUUAUUGUAGAAGCAUCGGCGCCUAUUCAGUCGCUUUUUAUAAAGAUUCUAAAAUUCUCCGACACUGUCAAUGAGGAGCAUGUUGCUGCGUACCACAAGGCUUUAGAUUUCAUCCAGGAACAGUUGAAAAACCGAGGCACUGUGUUCUUGGACGGAAGUGAACCUGGAUACGCUGAUUAUAUGAUAUGGCCUUGGUUCGAGAGGCUUAGGGCAUUUGCACAUGAUGAAAGAGUGAGACUUGAACCGUCUAAGUAUUCUUUACUGGUAAGGACAACCUUCAUCAUUGUUUAUACCAAAAUUAUAUAUGUAUAUAUAUUGCGCUGUAGUAUCUGGGGAAGUGGCACAGCACACCAGCGUCUGUCUGCGGAAAUACUGGCUAAGUUUUCUCCAUUCUUCUGUACAGAGCUGAAGCAUGUAAACUAAUAAAUGCGUCUUAAAAAUAAUAAUAAAAUAAUAAUUCCUUUUAAAUCAUAGGUAUACCGAAAAAUUCUCAAGCUCAAGCAAGCAAUUUCUCUUUUUCAUGUAAAUAUGAUUAUUAAAUUAAUUUUCAGUUGGAGUACAUAGACAACAUGUUGAAGGACUCUGCCGUGAGCCAGUACUUAAUUCCGCUGGAGAUUUUGGCCAAAUUUCAUGAAGCCUACACCAAAAAAGAGAGACCGAACUAUGAAUUGUUAAAUGAAUGUUUGAAAUCAUUUUAAAAUAUGUGUUAAUAAAUUCAUAAGAAUUCAUAACAGUAAAA